GCGAACGCGACCGGUCCCGUGAAAAAAGUGUCUUUGGCGACUGUCUGUGGUUCCGUGGUUUCGGUAGCGUGUAUUAUUAAGUGAAUUUACGGCCACCUAUCCGUACAAACAUCUGCAGCAUCCAAACAGGCGUGAAAACCAGGCUAAGCAUUAAACCCACCCGUGCGGUGUCACUAGUGCACUAAACGCAUCACAAAUGAUGGACAUGUCGUCUGGCCCACCUAGGGGUGGCUAUCGAGGACGGGGUGGUCCUCCCCGCGGUGGUUACGGCGACCGGGGCAGCUCACCAUUUCCAUUCAGAGGUCGCGGUCGAGGUGGUGGCCCCCCGAUGGGUGGUCCGCGGAUGGGUAUGGGAGGUCCUCCGAUGAUGCGCGGCGGACGUGGGGGAAUGAUGCGAGGAGGUGGGCCUCCGCGCGGAAUGGGGGGCCCACCGGGACGAGGCGGUGGUCCACCGAUGUCCCGCGGUGGUCCCUACGGUGGUGGCCGACCGAUGGGCGGACGAGGCUAUGGGGGCGGUGGUCCCCCGGCGUCGGUAGCAAACGGAUCCGGAGGCCCUCCAUCGUCGAUUGCCGCUUCGGAAAAUGGUGAAGGCGGCGCUGGAAAGGGAGUGCCAGAAACGAACGGUGGCAGCACCGGCAAGGCUGUCUCGACGUCCGGUGGUGGUGGCGGUCAAAAUGCUUCCGCGGGAGGCGGCUCCUCAAGUGGCGGUGGUGCACAAUCGGCUGCGGCAAAUGCGGCCGAAACAGAGCAUCUGUCGCCGAAACAAACGAUCAAAACGGCUGACUCGAGCAGCUUGGCGACGGUGGGUUCGCAACAGGAAUCGUCGAUUCAGUCGACGCACUCGUCCUCUCCGUACCACUCGUCAUCGCGCGGCAUGUCACGCGGACGGGGUGGCGGAGGUUUCAUGUCGCGUGGUAUGGGUCGCGGACGCGGAGGUUAUGGUGGCGGUGGCGGAGACUACGGGGGCCCGAAACCGUUCCGCGGCGGUAUGGGUGGAGGUCGCGGACGGGGUGGCGGUGGCUAUGGUGGUGGUGGCGGCGGGGGUGGUAGCUAUGGUGGAGGUGGAGGCUACGGCGGUGGUCCGAACGGCGGCGGUGGUGGCUAUGGCGGCGGAAUGGGAGGCGGUGGUGGCGGAGGCUAUGGUAACGCUCCACCUUCGUCCUACAAUCCGAUGGGUGGUUACGGUCAGAACAGUGGUGGUGGCGGAGGUGGUCCUGGCGGUGGUUACGGUCAGGGACCACCACCUCCGCGACAGUUUGACUCCCGCCAGGGUGGAAAUCCGUCUGCCGUUCCGCCGAUCAAGCGCGGAGGAAUUCCGGGAGCCGGCGGACCACCGGGGCCGAAACGAGGCCGCUACGACACUGGACCGCCGAGCCGCGCGCUGCCCCCGAAAUCAAUGCCGCCGCAUCACGGUUCUGCGGCACCCCCCGUACCUUCGUACAGUGCCCCUCCGCAGACGAUGGCCAACCACGGAGGCUACAGUGAUCCGAGUGCUCAUGCUCCACCGCCCCAGAUGGAGCACCAGUACACGCACUCGGCGGCCGCUACCAGCUCGACCGGAUACGGCAGUGCAGCCACACAACAAACUGGCUACGCUACCAACGGGUACGGCCAAAGCUCCUACGGAAGCACGACAAUGGCCAGCACCGGCUACCCGAGCACUGGUACCGAGUACGACACAAGUCACUACGACUAUAGUAGCAACUCGACCACGUACGAUACGCGUUACCCAUCCGGGUACACGCAAGACUAUAGUCAGUCCUACGGCACGACCACCGACUAUAGUGCGGUUUCGACCGAUACUUACGCCAGUCAGCAGUACGAUGAUCGGUCAACCGCCUACAGUGGCUACGACGCGCAAGCGUAUUCACAGGGCUACGCAAAAACUGAUCAAUAUGCUCACAGCGGUUAUUACUAAACAACUAGAGGCACAAAGACACAGCCGCAAAAAAGCAAAACAGUACAGUGAAGUGAAAAUAAUACAUGAAAAGAAAGAGCAAGACAGAGCCAGAAGAAGAAGAAUGAACAAACAAUGCUGCAAAAACAACCACAAACUACAGAUCAAAGCUCAGAUCUCUUACGUCGUCGUCGUCAUGCUCCAUAGUCGAUAAAAACGGCUGCAACACAGAGUUGGCAAACCAAAACGAAGGGAGCACACAACUGAACACACGAAGAUGAUGAACGACGAAGAUCGUCUCCCCGAAAAAGCAUAAUCGACAGAUAAAUAUGGUAACAGAGCUUAACUAAAUAUGAGAAAGUCAUGCAUAAACACAGUAUCAUAAUAUGGUGAGUGGUAUUCGAAUUGAAUUUCCAAACAAAGACAAGGAAGAAACUUCAAACGGUGGACUGAUAAAGCAAAAGUCGUGUAUCGUUCACGAAGCCGCAGUCCGGUAUCAAACAAGUUGAUUCUCUCUCAAAUGCGACACAAAGUUCAUCGUGUGUCUCUCAUCGCAAAGCAGAUACAUACCGCCAUCAAUUGCAACUUUUGCUUUCUUCUUUCCAUUACACAACUACCGAGUGAUGCGCUCUCCACUCGCAGUAUAAAUGUAACAGCAUAUGGUAAAUGUUUAAGUGUAACUAAGUAGAGUUUAGGUUUCGGGAAAAUUUUCGAAUACAAGAAUAGAAUUUCGCUAACAAUGUGAAUGGAGAAGAGUUUCGCGUAGUGAGGACUCUAUAGAAAAGUCUAUGAAGCAGAAGAUCAGAAGUCGAGUUCGAGAAAGUAUGACAAAAAGUAUCAUGAUGAUAUGCCCUAUCAAGCUAGGCAUUAGGCAGAUGUUUUGAAGCAGGUUAAAUGGGUACGGCGAGCUCUAUCAACAAAGCCGCAUAGACACAUUUCGCAGGCAAGCGAACAGAAAAAGCAUUCAAAAGCCAGCGUUUAAGUGGUCAUAAUCAAUCAGUGAUCAAUUACCAGAAAUUGGGUUUAGCCUGUACAUUAUGUAACAAUGUUUUAUGUGUUUUUUUUGAUUAUUUGUUUUCGAAUUAUCUAAAUUCGAUAAUAGACUAUUUCUAACUCUUUUUCACAACGAAAAUAUAGAGUGAGUUUGUGUACACUUUUAUUGGACUUGGACGCGAUUUAUAAAAACUUUUUUUUCAAAGUUUAAGGUUUUCGAACUGUUAGUUGUUAUGUUGUAUUAUUAAUUUUCAUUUCCCCCAAAAAGAAAGAUAACGUGAAUAAUCCGUGAUUUUUGAGGACGCAAAAAAACUGUGGGAAACAAAAUAAUAGAGCUGCAAGAAUAGCGGAUUAACAUGAACUCAGAGUGCAAAACUGGAAGUAGAUGAAUUAGAGCAGGGAUGCAUAAUAACCCAGACAAAACUCAGACUCUGUUCGCUGUUUCUAGAGGCAAAAUGACUUUUGGUAGAAAGGUGAAAAUGAGGUAAAACUGUCGUUUUCCAACCGACGAAGAGGUAAAGAUCGUGCGAAGGAAAAGCGAAGGAACGGAUCACUAACUGUCUGGCAGUGUGAGUUCCAGAAAAGAGAGGUACCAGAUAUAGGGCAAGGCAACGUUCAGUAAUCCUCCCAAACCUGGCUAGCAAAAGAAGAUACAUUUUAAAAAUAAUCAUAAUAAAUUUGGUGACCACCAAAGAGAAAGAGAGAAAAGAAAAAGGGAACGCGUUUCAUUGCUUCGAAAACAAUAGAAAAUAAUAAAUAAGCGAAAGAGAAACAUUUUCACCACAAACGUUCACCUUUCAAUGAUACUGCGUGCCAUAAAUUAUCUUCAAAUCUUCACAGCCUGAAGUACCUGAAACGAAUGCAAAUCUGCAGCACCGCUCCAAUAACACUGUCAAAGUUGUGGGCUAUACCUGAGAUCAGGGUGUUUCCUAUGCUCGCGACGUUGCUCUGUCUUGUCUUCCUGUUUCAUAGUGAACGUGUCGGAUUUACGGUUAUGGAAAUGGAAUAGCCUAUUUAAAAUAUUAACUUGGUCGACCGAUCAUAAAAAGGUAAAUUUAUAUAUGUGUUAAACGUUAAGAAUCUCUUCACAACACACCGUACUGAACAGAUGGUUUUUAAGCACAUUAUUGGGGACGUUUGGAUAUCAGAAGCCCGAAAACGGCAUUUUUGAAAAGGGGAAAAGCACUUCAAAAAUGGCGAAAACAAUUUUCAUUCCACGAAUGGACGAAUUUAAUUUGCGUUUUGAUUUUAAUACAUAAAUCAUCAUGAGCACAAAAUACGACGCGCCACACUAAUAAUGCAAACUGAACACUAAAACAAUCGAACCGAUUAAAAAGAGCUAUAAUAAGUUAAUCUAAAAAUACUUGAAAUGCUCAACAUAAUUUAUAUGCGAUCGCAAACAAUCAAUCAGUACAUGCUCGAAGUGAGAAAACAAUUGAAACAACGCAUCAAUAAUUGCCUCCGAUAUGAGCUGGGCGUUUUGGGAAACAAUGGGCAACUGAAAUCGGUUUAAAGAGGGAAUAUAUUGGGAUGAUGUGAUCACAAAACGGAAAGAACUUGUCGACGAUACGAAGCGAAGGCGAAAAGGCCACACAGUCAUAUGACCAUGGUUUUGAUAACAGGCGGUUUGCAAACGGAUGCUUAUUACUCGAAACGAGGGUAAAAUUCGAAGAAAAUAAACCAAAAAAUCGCUCAAACUCAGCGGAAACAAUCAAACAGAUCGCCAAGUCAUCAACGGAGAUCGAAGAGAUAAUUUUAGUGGAUCAUCUAACGGAGCAUCACUUUUUGUUUGCGAUACUACAAAUUCUUUUGCGUGCAAAAACAAAUAUGCAUUGAAUAUGAGAAGCUGGUAAGAGCAUGGCUUGAAACCACGAUCGAUACGAAACACGAUCAACAAUGAACAACUAUGUUGUGGGCAAGAAAGUACGACAAAAGUAGCAGAUAAGCUGUCGGGUAAGUCGAAUGAUACACGGUGGCGAUAAACGACACGGUGAUACCCGUGGGGUUUUGGGGGACAGUACAAAUACGUUAAUCUUAUUAAAACAGCAAACAAUAAUGAGAUGACAAACUUCAGUAUGAACAACGAUCUGGAAAGGAAGUGAUACUGUUUCUGACUUUGGACGUGCAAACAUCCAUUUACAAGCAUGCAGAGAGCUUGCAAAAGAUAAUUUACAUGAAAAAUGACAAACUACGGACCAACUACGCUCGAAAACAGUACUCGGCGUAAACAAAUUAUUUAAUAUUAGACCGUCCAUCAUAUAUGUGAAAGACAUAGUUCAUUAUUUCUUUAGCCAAGCGGAAACGAAAAACAUCAAGCAGUCAACAAGAAUGUCUUUACCCUGGGGAUCAUAAAUUCAUCGUGAAUCGGUUGCAAUUUUCGCGAACAUGUAGACAAGAUUGAACUGCUGAAUUGAAAUGUAUCAACUACUUAUCGGAACUGUGAUAAUGAAUUCCACAAUGUAAUCCUAAGUUUACUUUCUAAACAAACACCAAAAACCUUACAAUCGAACGACACUCCUUGGGCACUGUUCAACUAACCCCCUUUCAGCCUGGAUUUGGUGCAAAGUUUGCAUUAUAUUGCAUGCCUUAUAUAAAAUGCAUUUAAAGAGACCCGUCAAAACCUAGGCACCGUGUCUUACUGCGGGUACACGC